AAUCACACACUUCCGCUGCUGCUCCGAGCCUCAAGAGGACAAGAGGAGGAAGAAGAAGGAAGCGGUAGGUACAAACCGAAAACAAAACAGCGAAAUGUUCGGGAAAAUUAAACCUGUGAAAAUUAGGAGUUACAGUGAAAACAGGAAAUACGGAAUUGCCGCAAAAGAUGUGAAGGAACUACUGAAGAAGGCCUGCAAUUUGCUACUGGUGCCACUCUCUGGUGCACGUGUUUGCUUGUAUGAGGACGGGACAAUAGUGACGGAGGAGUUCUUCCCAACUUUGGCGGAUAACACCGAAUUGGUUCUUAUGUCUAAAGGGCAGACCUGGAGUGGAGUUGUGUGUGACAUCAGUCAGCUACUCAACACAGACCGGCAUGCCGACAGCCUCAUUGAAGCAGCGAAGGGGCUCCUCUCUGAUGAGAAGUCUUCAAAGAGGCGUAAAAUCCUGACAGACCUGCUACAGAACCUGGAGGAUAGGUCGGAGCUGGAGAGCAGAGAGGAGGACGAAGACUGGUUCCAAGGUGUUGAUUCUCGAUUUAAAACAAAGUCUGCCUACAUGAAGUACAACUGUGAAAGCAGGAUACGCGGCUACUUGAAAGAGCUGGAUGAUGCCACCAAAUCCAUACAGAAAGCAAAAGUGAGGGCAGAGUUUUUGAAAACCUCCCAGAGCCUCACAGAAAUGCUGAAAACAGCCAAGUAUAAUGGCUGCUACUUUGACAGGACUGAAAAGCAACCAGAUCGCCUUUGUACUCAGGAGGGAUGGUUCACCUGCCAGGGAUCAUUUGAUGAGAACGUGUGCAAAUCUCUUCACUCUAUCAACCCCUAUGGAAGCCGCGAGGGCAGGAUUGUCUUCAGCACUUGGAAUUUGGACCACAGGAUUGAAAAGAAGAGGACAGUUAUUCCCGCUCUGCUGGAAGCUCUGCAGAAUCACAGGAGCACUGACAUCAACCUGAACUACUUCUACCAACUCCUGUUCACGAGGGAAAACCUGAAGCUGGUCCACAUCGUCUGCCACAAAAAAGGAGCUCACAACCUGCAGUGUGACACCAAGAAGAUCUAUAAUAAUGCCACCAAGGAUCUAAAAGCAAAACAGAAGCCCAAAGUAAAGAAACGGCGCAUGACUUGAAGUCCUGUGACAAAUGAGUGGACUGUGAUUUGUUUGAUGGACUUGGUAAAUAAUUAACUCUGAAAAGAACCCAUCACAUCAGCUGGAAAGG